AUGAUCGUCAGUCCGUGUCCACCAAUUAUUUAUGCUGUGCCUAAUAUAACCGAGUACGUACUAAGUACAUUGGGAGAACGCUGCCUUGUAUUAUCCAUACUUGUUCCAACUGCUAUUGUCUACGGUCUAAUUUUAUUAAUUGGCUUAUUUGGUAAUAUUUGUACUUGCGUUGUUAUAGCUCAUGAUAAAACUUUACAUACAGCGACGAAUUUUUAUUUAUUUAGUUUAGCUGUAUCCGAUUUAUUUAUUCUUAUAAUCGGAUUACCAAUGGAAUUACAUGAUUUAUUCAAUAGUAUUUAUCCAUAUAGAUUUGGGUCAUUAGUAUGUAAAUUGCGAGCGUUUUUAGUUGAAUUCAAUUCGUAUGCAUCAAUACUUACAAUAUUAGCGUUUACCAUGGAACGUUGGCUUGCUAUAUGUCUUCCACUAAGAUCAAGGCAUUUCUCAAAAUUGGAUCGCGCGUUUAAAGUAAUUCCAGUCGUAUGGUUUAUUGCUUUUAUUGCCGCUUUGCCAGUGGCAUUUAUUGUAAAAGUUAAUCGUGUAUUAUUACCUCCUGACGCUAUGAAUCGCCCUUGGACUCGUUUGGUUUCCAGAGAUGGUCUUACGAUUAUAAAUACGGAAUUUUGUGCAAUGGAUAUUAAUCAGCCAAAUUCUCAAAAAUUUAUUAUCUAUUUCGCUUUUACGCUUUUCUUCUUAAUUCCAGUGGCAGUUGUCGCAGUAUUUUUCCUUUCAUGGUUUCCAUUUCAUAUUCAGCGGCUAUUAACAGUAUUUUUAAAUGAAAGUAACAGCGAGAACACUACAUUACAGACUCUUUUCACUUCUGUUUUUUACAUAUCAGGUAAUUUUAUGUUUGGGUUUGCAUUAAAUUUGCAUGAUUGA